AUGUUUGAGCCUCUAUGUCUACCACAACGGCUCCAUAUCUACCACGAUGGCCCAAUGCCUACCACGACGGCUCCGUGUCUACCACGACGGCUCCAUGUCUACCACGACGGUUCCGUGUCUACCACGACGGCUCCGUGUCUACCACAACGGCUCCAUAUCUACCACGAUGGCCCCAUGUCUAUCACGACGGCUCCAUGUCUACGGCGGCUCCAUGUCUACCACGACGGCUCCAUGUCUACCACGACGGCUCCAUAUCUACAACGACGGCUCCAUGUCUACCACGACGGCUUCAUAUCUACCACGAUGGCUCCGUGUCUACCACGACGGCUCCAUGUCUCUCACGACGGCUCCAUGUCUCUCACGACGGCUCCAUGUCUACGGCGGCUCCAAGUCUACCACGACGGCUCCAUGUCUAUCACGACGGCUCCAUGUCUACCACGACGGUUCCAUGUCUAUCAAGACCGCUCCAUGUCUACCACGACGGCUCUCACGUCAUUCACGACGGUUCCAUGUCUAUCACGAUGGCUCUCUACAAGCAAAUUCUGCCAUCACAAGUUUGCAUGA